AUGGGAGUGGGCGAGAUGGUGCUGCAGGAGGUCCCGCAGGCGGCUCUGCUCAAGCUUCUGGCGGGACUGGAGUCUCCCUCAGCCGGGGAGGCAGUGAGGGGACCAGGGGAGGAGGAGUGCGAUGGCUCUGGGCCAAAACUCGGCGUGGGGAUGGACUGCUGCGUGAUCCCACUCAGACAUGGAGGUCUGUCUCUGGUCCAGACCACAGACUUCUUUUACCCACUGGUGGAGGACCCUUACAUGAUGGGGAGAAUCGCCUGUGCUAAUGUCCUCAGUGACCUUUACGCCAUGGGCAUCACAGAGUGUGACAACAUGCUAAUGCUGCUGAGUGUCAGCCAGAAAAUGAACGAGAAGGACCGUGAGCGUGUCAUGCCUCUGAUGAUAGAAGGCUUCCGGGAUGCAGCGGAGGAGGGUGGGACGUCAGUGACUGGGGGACAGACUGUGGUCAAUCCCUGGAUCAUUGUCGGAGGAGUGGCCUCUGUGGUCUGUCAGCCGAACGAGUUCAUCAUGCCGGAUGGUGCUGUUCCAGGAGAUGUGCUGGUCCUCACUAAACCUCUGGGUACUCAGGUGGCUGUGAACGCACAUCAGUGGCUUGAUCAGCCAGAGCGAUGGAACAAGAUAAAGCUGGUCAUAUCUAAGGAGGAGGUGAAGGAGGCGUAUCAGGAGGCCAUGUUUUCUAUGGCCACCUUAAACCGCACAGCGGCCGGCCUGAUGCAUAAGUUCCAGGCACAUGCAGCCACAGAUGUCACGGGCUUUGGUCUGCUCGGACACGCCAACAACCUGGCAUCGCAGCAGAAGAGCGACGUCGCCUUCGUCAUCCACAACCUGCCAAUCAUCGCCAAGAUGGCCGCCGUCAGCAAGGCCUGUGGAAACCUGUUUAACCUGAUCCAGGGCACCUCCGCAGAGACGUCAGGUGGUCUGCUCAUGUGUCUGCCCCGGGAGCAGGCGGCCAAGUUCUGCUCCGAGAUGAAAAGUCAGCGGGUGUCCAGCGGGGGACAGGGCGGAGCCUGGAUCAUUGGCAUUGUGGAGAAAGGUGACCGACGUGCCCGCAUCAUCGACAAACCACGAAUCAUCGAAGUGCCACCGCGAGGGAGUCAGUCUGCCAGCCAGGACGGCAGCCCCGUCACAAGCCCCAAUAUUUAA